GGGUUUUUGACAUGCGGGCCAUCAACUUCCAUGUGCCUGCAUGUGCUGUGUCUUUCUCUCACUACCCCACCACCAUCUCUUCUUUCACCAAAUAAAUGGGCUUUAUGCAUUUUCUCCCUCUUCUCAUUCCUCUCUUUCAGUGUGUGCUCUGCGUGAAAAUUUUCUUGGUUUCUGCUCCACUUAGUUGGAUCCCAAGAAACUCUUUUCCCUCUCUUACAUUGUUCUGCCAUUUCUGUCUCAAAUUUAAUUCGCACCUGAAAAUCUGCUGUCUAGUUCAAUGAAAGCAAGAAUGCAGAGCUCAUCGUCAUCAUCAUCAUCAGCAGCAGCAGCAGCAUCAGCUGCAGCAGCAGCAUUAAUGGUGAAGCAAGAAUUCUUCGAGAAAUGGAUAAAGGGUCUCCAAAUAUACAGCAGCUUCAACAAGGAGAUGACGGUGAUGGAGCGGAAGAGGGCGAUCAAGCUCUCCGCCGACGUGGCGAUCGCCGCCACGAGAAGCGCCACCACGCGGUGGAGCAGAGCCGUCGUGGCCGACGUCUCGACGUCGGCCGCCGGCGCCGCGAGGACCGCGGCGGAGCAGAUCCUGGGGCGGAAGCUGGCGGAGAGGAGGGCCCUCGCGGCGACAUGCAGCAGGAGGAUCGUGAGGAGGAGCCGCCAGCGGCGGGGCAAGGCGGCGGGGAGGGGAGUUGUACGUUCGAGCGCCGCCAUCGCGAAGAAACUGGUGAGGAAUCGCACCCGCGUGCUUAAAAGGCUUGUACCUGGUGGAAUGAAAUUGGAUGAAAUCUCUUUGAUUAAAGAAACCCUAGAUUAUAUUGCUUCUUUGCAAGUGCAGGUUGAUGUAAUGAGACAUCUUGCAGCUGCUGCUGAGAGGUUGGAUCAUCAACAAAUCUCAAUUUAAAUUUUUUUUCUUAUAAAUAUUUAUUAUGUAUUUGCAGUUUCUUUUUUUUUUUUUUUUUGAAAUAGAAUAUGAAGAAGUGAAAGAGCAAUGUAACUACUCUAUGUACAGUGAGCACUAAUUUUAAUUUAAAAGAAAUUAAUUCAGCUAA